AUGGCCUCCCGGCCUCUUGCGCCGGGCCGGGUGAUGGUCCCGACCAAGGCCCUCAGCUUCCGACCGGCACGGCUCGGGGCGCAGGCACCCAUGCCCGUCAUCAUCCGUUCCGCUUCUCACGUCACGAGGCGCCCUCGCAUUGCCAUCUGCCGCGCGGACGCAGCCGUGGGAGAGAACCCCUUCACCCAGCCGCGCCCCGUCCAAGGCCUGCCAGCCACCCUCUUCGGCCUCCCCGUCGCCGGGGUGUACGCCCUGGGCGCCGCGCUGGCCGCCGCGCUCGGCUUCGGCGGCUGGUCCCUGGCCGCCCGGCUCCUCCCUGAGUCGCUGCGCAGCGUCGGGCGGCUGGUGGCUGCGGCAAUCGGCGCCGCUCUGGCCGCGGCCGUCACCUCCCGCCUGCUGACGCUGCGCCGCUCCGCCGCCGUGGCGCAGCUGCACAACCUGCUGGUCUCCCUGCCCCGCGCCUCCGACCUCACGCGCGACCAGGUGGCGGCGCUGGAGGCCCAGGCCGGCGCCCCCCUGGCCGCCAUCGACCCCGAGGCCGUCAAGUCGCUGUACGGCACCUUCAUCGAGGCCACCAUUCCCGCGGGCGACGCCCCCCUGCGCGGCGACGAGCACACCCGCAUCUCGGCCUUCAAGCAGACGCUGGGGCUGGAUGACGAGGCGGCGGGACCCGUGCACGUUGACGUCGGCCGCCGCAUCCUGCGCGGCCGCCUGGAGGCGGGCAGCCGCCGCGAGGACGCCUUCCAGAAGCUGAUCUACGUCUCCUACCUUGUGUUUGCGGAGCGGUCCUACCUCACGCCCUGGGCACGGGCCUUCGGCCUCACCGACGCCCAGGUGUACGUCGCGCGGCGCGACAACGCGCGCGCGCUGUUCCAGGCCGCCCUGGCAGCACGCGGCGGCGUGCUGGUGCCGACGCAGGAGGCGCUGACCUCACUGCGCGAGGUCAAGGAGUCGGUGCGCCUGGCGGACGAGGAGGCGGAGGGCGUGGUGCGCGAAGCCGCGCGCGCCACGCUGCAGGGCUUCUUCGACCGCGCCCUGUCGGUGGUCAAGCGCCGCGCGCGCCAGCGCGACCUGGCGGAGGCGGUGGCCGAGCUGCGCGGCGCGGUGGAGUUCAACCGCGCGCUGGCGCGGCUGGCGGGCGCCCCCGGCGUCGUCCCCGGCGUGGGCCCCACCUCGGUGGCGGGGUCGGAGUGGGCGGCGGCUGAGGGGCGUGGCCGCGACCUCCGCGACCUCUUCCGCACCUUUGUGGAGGAGGGGCUGGCGCGUGACGGCGCCUACGGCGCGGCCGAGACCCGCGACGCCGCCGACCUGCGCUCCGCGCUGGGCCUGGGCCCCAAGGAGGCCGCGGGCGUGGAGGAGGAGGUGAAGGAGCGCGUGUACCGCCGCCGGCUGCGGGAGGAGGUGACCAGCGGCCGCCUGGACGCCGCGCCCUCCCCCGCCGCGGUCCUGGGCGACCUGGUGGAGCGCGUGGGCUUCGACCCCGGCGCCGCCGCCGCGCUGCACGCGGGGCUGUACCGCCAGAAGCUGGCGGCGCUGCUGGAGAAGCGCGCGCUGUCCGACGCCGACGCGGGCGAGCUGGACCGCCUGCAGCGCCUGCUCUGCGUCCCCGCCGCCGACCGCGACGCGCUGCACGCCGAGCUGGCGGGGGGCAUCUACUCCCAGACCCUGGACAAGGCGCUGGCCGCGGGGGCCGAGGGGUUCGGCCUGCGCGAGCGCGGCGCUGUGCGCGAGGCGCGCCGCGACCUGCGCCUGGACCUGUCCGUCGCGCGGCGGCUGCUGGCGGCGGCCGGCCGCCGCCACCUGCUCCAGUUCAUCACCAACGCGCGCAAGACCAAGAGCCGCGUGGACGGGGCCAAGGAGCUCAAGCGCAUGGUGCUUUUCAGCUCGGUGGUGCUGGCGCCGCUGGUGGACGACCUGCGCUCGCCGGAGGAGCGCACCGCGGCGCGCGAGGCGGAGGAGCGCGAGCGCCGCGUGCAGGAGAUGGUGGCCAAGAUGCAGCGCGACAAGGCGGAGGAGGCCAGGCGCCAGGCCGUUGCUGCUGGGGGGGAGAAGACGGCAGAGGAGGGCGUCGUGGACGUGGAGGCUGCCGAGGUGAAGACUCCCGGUGAUGAGCCAGAGAAGGCAGCCGAUGCCGGCAUGGAGGAGGCGGUGGCAGCGGAGAAGGCCGAGCCCGUCGUGGCCGAGGCAACCGAAUCCACCGCCGACGGCGCGCCCAGCUCGCUGAAGAAGGCGCAGGCGGCGGCCGACUCGCGCAAGGCGGGGGAGAAGGUGGGCGACCAGAUUGUGUACGCCCAGAAGGACAUCACCCUGGCCGACGACCUGGACCUGAGGGACAGGCUGGAUGUGUACCGCAACUUCCUGCUGUACUGCAUGACCGGCGACGUGUCCAGCGGGCCCAUGGGAGUCACCAUGGUCAUCGAGCGCGACGAGAGCGAGUUUGCGCGCCUGGCGCAGCUGGGCGAUGUGCUGGGGCUGACGCAGGUGGAGGUCGCCACCGUGCACUCCGACCUGGCGGAGCAGGCCUUCAAGAGCCAGGUGCAGCAGGUGAUGGGCGAGGGCGCCCUGACCCCGGACCGGCUGGCGGGGCUGGAGGCAGUGCGCCAGCGCAUGGGGCUGCCCAAGGAGACCGCGGACAAGGUGCUCAAGGGCUUCCAGAACCAGAAGCUGAUCGCCGGGAUGCAGGCUGCCAAGGCACAGGGCCAGCUGACCCUGCCCUUCCUGCUGGAGCUCAAAGAGGCGGGGGUGGACGUCGCCUCCCUCACCUCUGCCGACCUGCGCCUGCAGCUGUACCGCCAGGAGGCCAUCGCCCGCCUGACCGACGGCACCGGCGAGUUUGCCACGGAUCGCAUUGUGGAGGAGCUGCCGGCCGCCCUGGGCAUCGAGGUUGGGAAAGCGCGGAAGCUGGUGCAGGAGCUGGCCCGCGACCGGCGACGGACGACGCUCGUGCAGGCAGUUUCCUUCCUGCGGCAAAAGAAGUAUGACGACACGGUCAAGGCGCUGAACAACCUGCUGGCCGUGGAGAAGGCCGCGCCCUCGGACGCCCCGCUGUCCUGGAGCCCCGCGGAGGAGCUGGCGGACCUGUACUCGCUCUACGUCUCCAAGGAAAGCGCGGAGGAGAAGCGUGCUGGUGUGCAGGUCUGCCUGGGCCUGGCAGACGGCGACGCCGCUGGGCUGAGGGCCGUGGUGGAGGCCGGCAACUUCAAGCUGGGCCAGGAGACCGAGUCGGAGGCGGCCUUCUUCUGA